AUGAUGGAAGGAAGGACUAUUGAUUAUAGACCAGACGGUGGUGGACUAGAUUACCAUAACUCGCCUCUCAUGGCCGAGAUACCAGUAGAUAAUUAUUCGCAUAUCCAUAGAAGUAUUGAGCACCUGAGAUCGAUAGGAGUAGCUCCACCUCUCGACCAUCACAGACACCUGGCAGCUAAUCUAACAGACUUGAGAAGGUAUGAGCAUCCCGAUGACAUGCCAGAAAUUAAACCGUCCGUACUUAGACUAUCCGAAUUCAAGAGUGGUCUUCAAGAAAUCAGGGUUCACAAUGACCAAGAAAACGAUGUGCAACGACAGAUGACACCUCACGACGACGGCAAAGGAUACAGCGCACCAUCGACGCCUCUCUCAGAAAAUGGCGGCCACAGCAUCCAGGAAGAAAAGGUGUUUGGUUCGAAAGCGGAUCUACAGUUACACACGCAGAUUCACUUACGUGAAGCGAAGCCGUACCGAUGCACCCAAUGUCCGAAAGCCUUUGCCAACUCCUCAUACUUGGCACAACAUUCGCGCAUCCACCUCGGUAUCAAACCUUACCGUUGCGAAAUCUGUCAACGCAAGUUCACCCAACUGUCUCAUCUACAACAGCACAUCCGCACUCAUACUGGCGACAAACCUUACCGAUGCACGCAAAUCGGAUGUACCAAAGCCUUUUCCCAACUUUCAAACCUCCAAAGUCACAGUCGUUGUCACCAAACCGACAAACCGUUCAAAUGCAAUUCAUGUUAUAAGUGUUUCACUCACGAGAAGGAUCUCCUUGAACACAUUCCGAAACACAAAGAAUCUAAACAUCUGAAAACACACAUUUGCCAGUACUGCGGUAAAAGUUAUACUCAAGAGACGUACUUAAGUAAGCAUAUGAAUAAGCAUGCUGAAAGGGCUGAUAAGCGGCCGCCAAUAUCCGCAUUGGGACUGAGCGGGCUCAAUAGGUCCCUAGCGGCGGCCGCGCCCACAGCUGCACCAUUUGCCGACCAUCCUUACUGGCCUAAAGUGAGCCCUGACUCAGCAGCUCACAUGUCCGAUGAAGGAGGAUACCAUCAACAGCGAGAGAGUGAUGACCACCACGAACAGCAACUCCAGCAGCAGAGAGCUCUGUUCGCCCAGCAUGAGAGUCAGGAAGACCGCAUUCAGCCUCCAGUGUCUUCUGCCGCCAACUCCGCCUUUACACCAAUCAAUUCUAUGGCGCCUCAUCUCAACGGACUAUCCCAUCAUAGCGCGCUCCCAACGAGACCGUAUCUGUACGAUCCGCUACACUUCCAGCAAGGAAAGCAACAGCCAAACUCGUUCCCUAAUCAACUGAUAUCACUCCACCAAAUCCGGAAUUACGCUCAUCAACCCUCGGCAUUGUUGCCUGCUGAGCACAUUCUACCCCACUCUCUAGCCCAUAAAGACAAGCAG